AGCGUUUACGUUUCCCUCCACGACCAGAUAGCUUUGUAGCUAAAUGAUACGGAACCCGAAAACCCACACGAACAACGCAUUUAAUUUCAUUUGUUAGUAUUUAUUGAUACAUCAAACGACAUCAAUAAUCAACGUUUGUUUACGGAUAACACGCGUGGUAACGUACCUCUAUCGAGGAUAAAGUUGCUUUAAAUUGGUAUUUUUAACUGCACCAGAUUUAUGUGAGGACAAAGGCCUACACAUUGCUCGCUGCUUCCAAAGCAUGUAUCCCUCUUGGGGUAGUAACUAUGGUGGUGGUGGUGGUGGUGGCGGCCAUCAACCACCUUCGCAGCAGCACUUCGGUGCGCCGAGGGGUCAGUCUCCUCAAGGCGAAGGCUUCGGUGGAGGAUUCGGGGGCUAUGGAGCUGCUACACCCGCAGCUGCACCCGGGUCAACGUUCAACAGCCUGCGGGAGCAGCAUCUCCAGCAGAUGCAGCAGCUGCAACAGCUCCACCAAAAACAGCUCCAAUCUGUGCUGCACCACGACAGGAACGUAAAUGAAAACCCCUACGGCGGCAGCGGUGGUCCUACGGCCGAGUCGUGGCAAGGCAACUCGGGAUAUGGGUAUGGUUCAACGGGGACCGGUGCCCCUUCCUCAUACCAAGAGGAGUAUCAGUCCAUGCAAGGCCCUUCCCCUUAUCAAGAUGAGUAUCAGUCCAUGGAAACCGGGGCGCCGAGCCCACAACUUCAGCCACCGCAGCCCAAAGAGACCCAGCUUCCCCCAUCAGAGGAGAACCCACCCCCAUCAGAGGCGAACCCACAGGUACCCACUCAGAACAAUGGUACACCGGCGACUAAAGAGGAGCAGCAGCAGUAUUGGUACAAGCAGCAUCUCCAGAAUCUGCAGAGGCUGAAAGCAGAGAACAAACAGGGCCAGGGUGAUGGCCCAGCACCCCCACCUCCCAAACCCCAGCCCCACUCGGCGGCAGCCGCCCCUCCCCCUCCAUCGGACCCACCCAAGAACGCCCCUCCACCACCACCUCCAAAAGAGGAGCCCCCACCACCACCUCCACCCGAUGACACAAAGCCUGCCCCCAUGACCCAGGACCCAGUAGAGGUGGCCCGCCUGCAGCAGCUUCAGAGUGCAGCGGCCCAGUGGCAGCAGGCCCAGCAGCAGAGAGCAGGCUACCAGUACCAAGCCCUGAUGCAGCACCAUGCUCAGCUACAGACCAUCCUCAACCAGUACCAGCAGUGUAUCCAACAACCUGCACAGCUAGAGACAAUGUCUAUGGCCAUGCAGCUGAGUCACUAUGAGACGCAGCAGAAGCAGUUUGGCCCGGUGUUUGGAGACUGGGGCCGCACCUUCAGCCAAUGGCAAGAGCAGUUCCAGUCCUACCCACAUAAAGACCAGCUACAGGACUACGAGUUACAGUGGAAACAGUGGCAGGAACAGAUGAACUCCACCUCAGCACACCUACAGGAGAGGGUGACCACCCUGCGAGCCAUGCAGCAGCAGUACGGAGGCAGUGGUGGGCAAUACGGCGCUGACCAAUACAGUAGUAGUGACCGGUAUGGGACUGGAGGGUAUGGGGACCAGUACAGCCAAUAUGGUCAGUACCCACACUCUGGACCGGACUCGCAGAUUCAACAAGGCCCCAUGGUGAGCCCGUCUAUGCCGUCCCAGCCAGGUAGCCAGCCCUCGUCCACCUCUGGACCCAUGUCCCAGGGCCCUCCACCAGGGCAGCACGGCCCCUCCAACGCCCAACGAGUGGGAACCUCCACAGGAGAACCGCAACACGGCCUCUCCAAUGCCCAACGUGUGGGAACCUCCACAGGAGAACUGCAGCACGGCUUCUCCAACGCCCAACGUGUGGGAACCUCCACAGGAGAACCGCAGCACGGCCUCUCCAACGCCCAACGUGUGGGAACCUCCACAGGAGAACCGCAGCACGGCCUCUCCAACGCCCAACGUGUGGGAACCUCCACAGGAGAACCGCAGCACGGCCUCUCCAACGCCCAACGUGUGGGAACCUCCACAGGAGAACCGCAACACGGCCUCUCCAAUGCCCAACGUGUGGGAACCCCCACAGGAGAACCACACCACGGCCCUCCACCGGGGCACCAGGGCCCUCCACCGGGGCACCAGGGUCCUCCACCGGGGCACCAGGGUCCUCCACCGGGGCACCAGGGCCCUCCACCCGGGCACCAGGGUCCUCCACCGGGGCACCAGGGCCCUCCACCCGGGCACCAGGGCCCUCCACCCGGGCACCAGGGCCCUCCACCCGGGCACCAGGGCCCUCCACCAGGGCACCAGGGCCCUCCACCAGGGCACCAGGGCCCUCCACCCGGGCACCAGGGCCCUCAGUCAGAGCAGUACAACCUGCCUGGACCCCCUGGUAGAGGGGCAGGCCCAGGAGGGAGAGGGUUGGCCAGACCACCAGGUCCACAAGGAGGACAGCCUCCGUCCUACCAAGGCCCCAGAGGACCAAGGUUUGACGGUCCGCGAGGGAACGGCCCGCGGUUUGACCAGCAGCAGUCCGGUCAACAGCAGAGGUUCAACGUUCCACCGGGUCCCAGGUUCAACCAGCAGCACCCAAGGUUUGAUCAGCUUGGUCCCAGAGGACCAGGGCCUCGGUUCGGACAGCAGGGACCCCACUUCGACCACCCCCCGAGACAGAGCCCCCCAGCCCGCUUUGAAAGGCCCCCUGGUCCCUCAGCACCUUAUAUAGGCCCACAGCCUAAACCAGACACGGGCAAAGACACCAAACUACCUCAGGGUAAGACUGAGAUGCCAGCAGGCUCCAAGCCUCCUGGUAUUAAACCUACUGGGCCAGCUAAACCAGUAGCAGUCAGUACAACUAAGCAAGGUGCAUUGGCAGAACCAGGGGAUAUGUCAGAGGACAUGUUGGAGUCCCUUGGGAGCUUCUUCGUCCAAAACGACCCCAUCCCUCAGACGAAAGCAGAGGCUGAUGCUGCUGCUACUGCUGCUAGUAAAGACUCCAAAAAGGAAGAGGUGACUCCCCCUGCUGCUGCCGGUGCCAAGCACCCCCCUUCUGUAACCCCAGAAACCGCUUCCCCUGCCAAGAAUGCUCUCAAAUCAGGUGGACCGGCCGGGCCGUUGAAGACGAACGUCAGUAACAACAACGGGCCUCCGGGACCGCAGGGGCCUAAGUCUCACGGACCGGAGCCGCCGAAGACCGACACAAUGACCAACCAACCCGCUGGUCAUCUGGGGCUCAUGGGCCGUGGUAGAGGGGGACGUGGCCAGCCUCUAUGGCCUGUAAGAGGGGAGGAGGACGGAGGUAGAGGACGAGGGGAGGCGGACGGAGGGAUGAGGGGAGGGAGAGGACGAGGAGAGGCGGACGGAGGGAUGAGGGGAGACGGCGGGAUGAGGGGAGGGAGAGGGCGAGGGGAGGCGGACGGAGGGAUGAGGGGAGGGAGAGGACGAGGGGAAGCGGACGGCGGGACGAGGGAAGGGAGAGGACGAGGGGAGGCAGGUGGAGGGAUGCGAGGGCGAGGUGGUCUAUGGGGACGUGGAGGGAAACAGUCGGGUAUCCCAGACUUCAGUACCAACACUAUCCCUCUGGGAGGUGGGAGGACGGACGACGACAUGGAGGGGGUUCCUUACGACUACAGACCUCCACAUGAAGAGAUGCGAUCACAACAUGGAGGACCAGAGGAGGACUGGCAGGACUGGCAGCAGGACCCUUCCCUGGAGAAACCUGAAGGUCCUCCUCUGCCUGAAGAGGAGAUGUGGGUCCCUGAAGAGCACUACUACCCUCCAGAGGACUACUACGAAGACUCAGGGAGAGGAGGUCCCCCUAUGGGGAGAGGAGAGCCUCUAGAUGGGCACCACUGGGAGGAAGCAGACCCCCCACAUCCAGAGUACUGGGGAGAGGAAGGAGAUCCCUACUGGAUGGACCGGAGGCCCCCUCAUGGCAUGAGAGGAGGCCCCCGAGCCCUGUUCCCCCCUGGGCGUGGUCGCCCCCCACGAGGCAGGCCCGGCUUCAUGCACCAGGGUGGUCCCAGACGCCCCCUUCCUCCUCCUCACGGAGCCAUGGACCCCCAUGAACCUCUCGGAUCCCCCAUGGGGCCUGACGAUGACAUGGACCCUCUGGGACCCCCGCUGCAUCGGGAAUACAACCCCAGAGGGCCCAUACACCACGAUAUGAUGGAGCGAGAUAUGAGGGGACGGCCUCCUCCACCUAGAGAGAUGAUGGACAGAGAUCUGAUGGGGCCUGGUGGUCAUCCUCCAUAUCACGACAUGGAGAUGGACCCUGGCUGGCCCCCGGGCCCCGGACGACCCCCCCACCUCGGCAGAGACGGGCCGAGAGGUCCCCCUCCGCCUCCCCAUGAGAUGAUGGAGCGGGGAGGGAUGAGGAGGCGUCCGUUGGGACCUCGGGGCGCCCCAAUGGGCCGGGGCGUGAUGCGGCACCCACCUCGCUCACUCGAGGACUUGGAGGGGUACCCCCAUGAGGGGUAUGGGGAGGGGUUUGGUGGUCCCGGUGAUGAUGGGUAUGGAAGAACGCUGCCGCCACGUGACUGGCCGGACCACCCCUCACAUGAGUACGACUGUGAGGAGGAGUAUUAUCCCCAGGAGCCUCCUCGUGUUGGGGUGUGGGACAGGGAGAGAGGAGGACCACUACCGGAGAGGGACUAUUCUCCCUACCCUUCCCGCGGUCCUCCACCUCCCCCAGACCGUUUCAGAGAUGACGAGUGGAACGAUGAGAGAGACCGAGACCGUCCUCCAUACCCCUACGAGGGAGACAGAGAACGUCCUCCAUACCCCUACGAGGGAGAAGAGCGUGGAAGAGGAGGAGAGCUUCGAAGUCGAGACUUCCCGGACGACCCUUCGUACAGGCACGAUGAACGCCCCUACCCAUCCCCAGCUGAAUGGGAGAGACCCAGACCACCCCUUCCAGAGAGAAACUACCCCCCAGAUUUUGAGGACCAUAGGCCGCAUUACGACGGGCGACCCGAGCCCUCUAGAUCAGAUCUAGGUAUCCCUCCAUCCACCCCUUCUCAGGCUUCUGCUCCUCCCAGUACUGGACCAGACAGUUCUCAGGAACCAGCCUCACAGGGAACUGGACCGGGCAUACUGGCUCUGUCACAACGACAACAUGAGAUCAUCCUGAAAGCUGCCCAGGAGCUGAAGCUUAUCAGGUCUGUUUCUCUGGUACUGAACAGAGAAAUGCAGGAGAAUAAGACUGAGGGAGAGGCCCUACCCAUCACGUCUGACCCCAAGACGGAGCUCCCUGCUGGGCUACUGGGGCUGGAGAUCCCCCCUGAGGUCCGCAGUGCCCUCCAGGCAACCAACCUUAUGUCCAGCUUGGCUCCUACUAAAUUGACAUGGGGAGACACCAAGCCUCCAGAUACUGGUUACGUGUCCACGGCUCCUCCAGUCACCCCCAAGACUGUCGACUAUGGACAUGGACAUGACCUCGGUGCUGCCACGGUGGAGCGGAUCUCGUACGGUGAAAGGAUUGUGUUGAGACCCGAUCCCUUACCUGACAGAGAGAGAGAGAGGAGCUAUGAAAAAGAAUCCCUGGGCCCCCUGAGAGACCCCUACCACAGGGACCUGUACUACGACAGACGACCAGUGGGCCCCUACAUGGAGCGCAGGGAAUACAGCAGGGAGAGGGAGAUGUACAGAGAAAAGGCUCCCAUGGACUUUGAAAGAGAACCAUACGAGAGGGAGCGCUAUCCGCCUCGAGAUGACAGACCACCCCCCGGCCAUCCUCCACCUCGCCCGGGCUUCAGGGAGAGGGACAUGAGGGAGGGCAGCCGGACCAGUAGAGAUGGAGAGGAACCUUAUGGAAGGCCUGGGGGUUACGACAGACCUCCGUACGAGCGUGGGCCUGAACGUGGGCCUGAGCGCUUCGAUCAUGGUGCUUCACCAUACGGCGAACGGAGGAGUUACCCAGAAGAGAGAGGAGGAGGCCCCACGUCGUCCCACCCUCCUCCCCCAUCGGCUGCUCCUCCUUCCAGGAUGGAGAAGAAACCGGAGACCAAGAACGUGGAGGAUCUUCUCAAACUACCAGGCCGAGACACUCGUCCAGAAAGGAUCGUCAUCAUAAUGAGAGGCCUACCAGGAAGUGGUAAAAGUCAUGUGGCCAAGCUGAUACGGGACAAGGAGGUGGAGUGUGGAGGGGCUCCACCCAGAGUGCUGGGGCUAGACGACUACUUCAUGACGGAGGUGGAGAAGAUGGAGAAGGACCAAGAUACAGGGAAACGAGUCAAACUCAAGUGUCUGGAAUACGAGUACGAAGCGGAGAUGGAAGACACGUACAGGAACAGCAUGCUAAAAACAUUCAGGAAGACACUAGACGACGGCUUCUUCCCCUUCAUCAUCAUCGACGCUAUCAAUGACCGGGUUAAAUACUUUGAUCAGUUCUGGAGUGCUGCCAAGACUAAAGGCUUCGAGGUGUACUUGGCUGAAAUCUCGGCAGACUAUCAGACUUGCGCUAAAAGAAACGCCCACGGCCGGAAGAUGAGGGAUAUUCAAAAGAUGUCCAGUAACUGGGAAUCGUCACCGCGUCACAUGAUGCGGCUGGAUGUCCGUUCUCUGCUUCAGGAUGCUGCUAUUGAGGAGGUUGAGAUGGAAGACUUCAACCCUGAUGAUGAGUCGCCGAAGAAGCCCAAGAAGAAUAAGGAGGAGGAGGAAGAAGACGUUAAGGGUUACAUUCCACAAAGCAAAUGGGAGAUGGACACUUCUGAUGCGAAACUAGACAAGCUGGACGGCCUGGUGAUGGGGGGGAAGAGGAAGAGGGAGGGAGACGACUUUCAGCUAACGGACGACUACGCCACACGCCACUCUGAGCCUGGCAAGAAGAGGGUUCGCUGGGCUGACCUCGAAGAGCAGAAGGACGCGGAGCGCAAGCGUGAUAUCGGCUUUGUGGUGGGUCAAACAGACUGGGAGAAAAUCACCGACCAGAGCGGACAGAUAGCUCAGAGAGCUCUCAACCGCACUAAGUAUUUCUAGUAACAGAAGAUCAUUGCCCUCACCCCCUGCUUCCUGAUUUAUAGGUCUGCAGGUCUGAAUAUCAGACACACUCUACAGGCCGGCGUUUAGGAACUCCGUAGCUGUUUAUUCUAUUAGAAUACAGGAUAUAGCUUUCUGUUGACAUUCAUUUAGAAUUAUGUGUAGUUUUUAUUUUCUUUCAUCCUAUGCUUUUUCGAUUGGUAAGUUUUUUUUUUUUUUUGCACCAGUGUGCUUCUCAUUUUAUACUGUACGAGCUGUAACGU